CGUCGUUCUUGCAGGUACACGCUCUCCAGCGCAUGCCCGCGGCCGUCCUGAAUCGUGCGGCAGAGCAGAGCAGAGCAGCGGCGAGGUCUCCGUGCAGUGCAGUGUCGACAGACGCCAUGCCAGAGGAAUAGCUCGACGCGCCCGCCCGUCUGCCUGAGCAACAGCUCCAUCACCUGGUCUCGGUCGGGACAGCACAAUCCCUGCCAUACUCUCUCGCUCGCGAGGCCCACUUGCACACCGAGCCUACCGACUGUCCCAGCGACCACCUGCGAUCUCCGUCUUGAUCUCGACAACACCGCCGCCCGUCCCUACGCCGCCCCUACAACGACAGCCCCCCGCCGCCAGUCCUAGCAGAGUCACAUGCCUAUCGCUGAACACCGCUGAGAAUUCACGCCCCCCCGGCCGCAACUACGUACAUCCCGCGUCGAAUUACGCUGUGACGACAGCCACCAUCACGACGAAGCGCAAGAAUCCCUUCGAGCAGCCGCGCUUGCCAUGCCCGCCGGCUAGCCACCCACAUCGCGCUCAAAGACCUGCAAAAAUGCCGCACGAGGAGACCUCGGCGGCAGUGGCCAGCAUCCUGUCGAAUUUCGCCAAACAGUACACGCCCCUCGAUGCAGAAUCGUUCCCGGCUUCCGCUAUCGCCAAUGGCAUCAAGAGUAAUAAGAUCACGUUGCCCGGUGACGACACGAUCGAGAAGCGCACGCUGGAGCGUGAACUCACCAAUCUCGCAACGCGCAUCCAGUUCCUCGAAGCGCGAGCGCACAGCGGUGUCAGCUCCCUACCCAUCACCCCCAACGAGCCUUUGUCGUCAGCAUUCCCGUCUCAGGAUGCGUCAUCUCCCAAGGCUUCUGCCCUCAACCCUCUGAACCCUAGGCAGCGUUCGGCAUCAUGGGUAAACAGCCUGCUGACCAAGAACGAGGGCGAGCCACACACGAGGCAGCUUACCGAGGAGCAGUUCACUGUACUGCGGGAACACAUCGACCAGCAAGCGCAAGAGAUUAAGACUCAGAAAGAGUUUAUUGAUGGCAUCAAGGCCCAACUCACACACCAGCAGACUGCGACCCGCGCAGCACUUGACACACUUGGGAACUCGCAGUCAAUAGAACAGCUGAAACGAGAGAUUGAGAAGAAUGCACAGAUCAACGCAACAUACCAGAAAGUGCUCCGAGAAAUCGGCACUAUCAUCACGGCAGUUGCCAACGGUGAUCUGAGCAAGAAGGUGCUUAUCCAUGCGACGGAAAAGGAUCCCGAAAUCGCAAGAUUUAAGCAUACAAUCAACCAAAUGGUGGACCAGUUGCAGGAGUUUGCAAGUCAAGUCACGAGUUUGGCAAAGCAAGUAGGCACAGAGGGACGACUUGGUGGUCAGGCUGUUGUGCCUGGCGUUGCUGGAAUCUGGUCUGAACUCACCCAGAAUGUAAACGUGAUGGCCCAAAAUCUGACCGACCAAGUGCGCGAAAUUGCUGUGGUCACGACUGCAGUCGCCCAAGGUGAUCUCAGUCGCAUGAUUCAAAGGCCCGCCAAAGGAGAAAUCUACCAGCUACAACAGACCAUCAAUGCAAUGGUGGGGCAGUUGCGAACCUUUGCCACAGAGGUCACGCGUGUGGCUCGUGAUGUGGGCACUGAGGGAAUCCUUGGUGGACAAGCCCAGAUCGAGGGAGUGCAAGGCAUGUGGCACGAUCUUACCAUCAACGUCAAUGCCAUGGCGAACAAUCUCACCGCGCAAGUGAGAGAUAUUGCGGAGGUCACAACAGCUGUCGCCAAGGGUGACCUCACACAGCAGGUCAAGGCACAGUGCAAGGGCGAAAUCUUGGCACUGAAGACAACGAUCAACAGCAUGGUACACCAAUUGCGACAAUUUUCAGCAGAAGUGACCAAUCUGGCACGUGAAGUCGGAACAGAAGGAAGACUAGGAGGUCAAGCAACCGUGCACGGAGUUGAGGGCACUUGGAAGGACCUGACCGAGAACGUGAAUGGCAUGGCGAUGAAUCUCACAACACAGGUUCGAGAGAUCGCAGAAGUCACCACGGCAGUAGCACAGGGAGACUUGACCAAAAAGGUGCAGGCUGAGGUUCAGGGAGAAAUUUUGGCCCUGAAGAACACCAUCAACACCAUGGUAGACAGGCUUGGAACAUUCGCCACACAGGUCAGCAGAGUAGCCAAAGAGGUCGGCACGGAAGGUGUCCUUGGAGGACAAGCCAGAGUCGAAAACGUUGAAGGCGAAUGGAAGACGUUGACGGACAAUGUCAACACCAUGGCGAACAACUUGACUGGCCAGGUGCGCAGCAUCUCGGACGUCACGCAGGCCAUCGCAAGAGGAGACAUGAGCCAAAGGAUUAAAGUCCACGCACAAGGAGAGAUCCAAACUUUGAAAGACACUAUCAAUGACAUGGUAACGAGGCUUGAUGCGUGGUCAUUGGCCGUGAAGCGGGUCGCGCGUGAUGUCGGUGUCGAUGGCAAGAUGGGUGGUCAGGCCGAAGUCGAGGGCAUCACCGGCCGCUGGAAAGAAAUCACUACCGACGUCAACAUCAUGGCCCAAAACUUGACUUCACAGGUGCGAGCAUUCGCUGACAUCACGCAUGCUGCGAUGAAGGGCGAUUUCACGAAGAUGAUCAACGUUGAAGCAUCGGGCGAAAUGAACGAGCUCAAGAACAAGAUCAACAAAAUGGUGCUCAACUUGCGAGAAAGUAUCCAAAAGAACAACCAGGCCAGGGAAGCUGCUGAAUUAGCCAACAAGACCAAGUCCGAGUUCCUGGCGAAUAUGUCGCACGAGAUCCGCACGCCAAUGAAUGGUAUCAUCGGCAUGACUCAAUUGACACUGGAUACCGAGCUUGAACAAAACCAGCGCGACAUGUUGAACAUCGUGUUCUCCCUCGCCAACAGCUUGCUAACCAUCAUCGACGACAUUCUGGACAUUUCCAAGAUUGAGGCCAAUCGUAUGAUCCUGGAGGAGGAGCCAUUUUCACUGCGAGGCUUGGUCUUUAACAGUCUCAAGUCUCUCGCAGUACGCGCCAACGAGAAGGACAUUAGCUUGAUUUACGACACCGACGCUUCAGUUCCCGACUACAUCGUAGGCGACUCAUUCCGCUUACGGCAAAUCAUCCUCAACCUGGCAGGAAAUGCCAUCAAGUUCACCGAGCAUGGAGAAGUUCGCGUCAAGAUCUUCUCUGACACAUCCGUGGAAUGCGCCGAAGAUGAAGUGGUGGUCAAGUUCGCCGUCGCUGACACUGGUAUUGGGAUCCACUCCAACAAGCUAGAUCUCAUCUUCGACACCUUCCAACAAGCCGACGGUUCCACCACUCGGAAAUUCGGUGGUACCGGCCUUGGAUUGUCGAUCUCGCGAAGACUUGUUACUCUUAUGCGCGGAAAGAUGUGGGUCGAGUCGACGUAUGGUGCUGGCAGUACAUUCUUCUUCACCUGCGUGGUCCGCCGUGGCGAUCCUGAUGUGCAUCGGGUCAUGCCCCAGCUACAGCAAUACCGGAAGCACAACGUGCUCUUUGUGGACAACGGAUUCAUUGACAACUCUGAACAGGUUGCGGCCAGCAUCAAAGCUCUGGACUUGGUUCCUUGUGUUGUCGGCAACGGCAGGACGCCGCCGUCCGAGCUCAGCCCCGAGGACCAGUACGAUUGUGUUAUCGUUGAUAACACGGACACGGCACAGAAACUUCGAAGCUUGGAGCGCUUCAAGUACAUCCCUAUCGUCAUGCUCGCUCCCGCAAUAUCGGUCAACUUCAAGACGGCACUCGAAAAUGGUAUCUCCAGUUAUAUGACCACGCCUUGCUUGCCGAUUGAUCUCGGCAACGCGCUGGUACCCGCUCUCGAGGGCCGAGCUGCGCCAAUUUCAGCUGACCAUACAAGGACGUUCGACAUUCUCCUUGCAGAGGACAACGCCGUCAACCAGAAGCUCGCAGUCAAGAUACUGACCAAGCACAAUCAUAAGGUUACCGUCGCCAAUAACGGUCUCGAAGCCUUCGAGGCGAUCAAGAAGAAGCGCUUUGACGUUGUUCUCAUGGAUGUGCAGAUGCCCAUCAUGGGAGGCUUCGAAGCAACCGCGAAUAUCCGCGAGUAUGAGAAGCAGCACGAGCUGGCGCGGUCUCCGAUCGUUGCGCUUACAGCUCACGCCAUGCUUGGCGACCGGGAAAAAUGCAUCCAAGCACAGAUGGACGAAUAUCUGUCAAAGCCUUUGAAACCAAAUCAGCUCAUCCAGACCAUACUGAAAUGUGCGACUCUCGGUGGUGCGUUACUCGAAAGGAAAUCCGACAACCGGUCUUCCAUCCUCUCCGAAGAUGCAACUUCUGAUGCUAGCCCAGAUCACAACAGACUGAUGACGCCGAAACGCCCUGGUAUGACCCCAAGAGGACAGACAGACAACGGACCUGCUGGCCUUGAGAGUCCAGCGAUAGUCACCGCUGACCAGGAGGACCCGCUAGCUCGGGAGACAUUGCUUCGCGCCAACAGUAGCUGAUAGGAAAGGAUCUAUCGACAUGCAUUUGCGGCUUUAGCUUUGGCCAAGCCUCAUGGAUAAUCUAUUCGGGAUUUUGCGCUUCUGCAAAGAAGUUAAAGAACGGGUUGAAUUGGGUACGGUGUUCGGUGCAAAAGCGUUCUGACUCUUCCGCAUAUUGUUUUUAUUCCAGACUGAUGUUGUUGUAUUGCAUACAGGUGGAGGCCAGUCGAGUGCUGAUGCCUAUGAGUGGAGGGAGCCGGCUUUCGAGCCGAAAGUACUUGCCAUAGUUCGUUAUGACACCAAUCUCCGGCGACACAUGUCGCUGGAACACCUC